GGGGGCUGCUGAGGGCCGCUGCUCUCAAGCAGGUAGUCCCUGGCCCUGGCUGCCCUCAUUUGAAGUCUUACUCCCCCACCCUUUGGUCUUCGAGUCAGGCAAGGGGGCCUUUGUGGACAUCUGGGCCAGAGGAGCUGCAGGCUUGGUGGUUUCUGGAGGCCCCUCCUGAAGGUCUGGGUGCGGUGUGGCACCUCCCCAGGCCGCCUGCCCUCUCCCAGAGGCUUCCCCUUGAGUCCCUUUGGGUAGUGGGAGGUACAGCUGGCCAGAGGGGGCUCCAGCCUGGUGCUGGAAUGCCAGGGUCUGCUAGUGGCCACUGCUCAUGCCCCUCCCCAUCCCCAGUCCUCCUGGCUGACAAGGAGGGUGGGCCACCAGCAGUGGACGAGGUGCUGGAUGAGGCUGUGCCCGAGUACCGGGCGCCAGGGAGGAAGAGCCUCUUGGAGAUCCGGCAGCUGGACCCGGACGACAGGAGCCUGGCCGAGUACAAGCGGGCGCUGCUGGGGCCCCUGCCACCGGCCGUGGACCCAAGCCUGCCCAAUGUGCAGGUGACCAGGCUAACACUCCUGUCGGAGCAGGCUCCAGUGCCCGUCGUCAUGGAUCUCACAGGGGACCUGGCUGUUCUGAAGGACCAGGUGUUUGUCCUGAAGGAAGGUGUUGAUUACAGAGUGAAGAUCACCUUCAAGGUCCACAGGGAGAUUGUCAGCGGCCUCAAGUGUCUGCACCACACCUACCGCCGGGGCCUGCGCGUGGACAAGACCGUCUACAUGGUGGGCAGCUACGGCCCAAGCGCCCAGGAGUAUGAGUUUGUGACUCCGGUGGAGGAAGCGCCGAGGGGUGCACUGGUGCGGGGCCCCUACCUGGUCGUGUCCCUCUUCACCGACGAUGACAGGACGCACCACCUGUCCUGGGAGUGGGGUCUCCGCAUCUGCCAGGACUGGAAGGACUGAACCCCCAGUCCUUGUCUCCCCCACCUCCCUCAGCUGCUGCACAGGGACUCCCAAGCAUCCCCAGCACCCCCCGUGAGUGACCAGACCCUCCCCUGCUGCCCCUGCUCUGUCCCGGGACCCCCUGGGCCUGGCGCUAUCCCCUGAGCUGUCCCAUUAAACGUGGCCCUGUCUCGGUG